GAAGUCAAGGAGAGAAUCCUAUUAAGAAAUACAGGACUUCCAAACUGUAUCAUCAAGAGGGGUGUUAUAAGAUUGCAGAUAGAUCACUUCUCCUGGAUUUACAUCAAAUUCAUCAAGAAUUUGUUCUUCAGAGGGAAACAAAUGUGCUGCUUGCCAUUUGCAGAAAAGCCACUACCAGAAGAGAGAAUGCCUAUCAUUGUGCGUGUACAUCUCUUUGACGACAUUACUGGGCGAAAAGAGAUGGUAAUUCAUGAAGAGCAUGCAUUAGGAUUUGCCCAUAUUCACCCUUCUACAGAAGUUCCAAUCAAUGUGACAGAAGAGGACGUCACAAUGACUUGUGUCAUCGACGAUGAUCGUGUUGGAGAGGCAAUUGUCAAGUAUGAUGAUUUAUGGAGAGGCAAAGACAGGAUGAGGUCCUUUAAUUUGGACCUAACCAAUCAACCUGAUAGAGUGGUACUGAACCUACAAGUCGGCCAGGAAGGACAACAUCUGGAAGAACUACUUUGUUUAUUAAAGUUUACAUAUCAAUGCAGAUUGCCUCGCCCUAUAAUACCUCAUGACCUAGAACAGCUAGAAGGUGCUGUUGAUCAAACAACACAUCAAGAAAUUCCAGAAACAACCGGAAGAGUAGUUACGAAUGGAGAGAUCACAAAGUUAUCUAGGCUUCUACCUGAUGGAGAAUCCAGCGAGUUUUGCGAAGAGUUGGGCUUUGAUUAUAACUACACACAAAAGAUAAAGACCAAACAUUUGCAGGACUCGACUGCUGCUUUCAAAGAAGUAUUGCAGGAAUGGAAAAAUAGAGGUGGAUUAAUGGUGAAUCUUGAUACAGCUCUAAAGAACUCAGACCUUGGAGGACUCAUAUGUGAAUAUAAGAAAUGAAAUUUUAUAGGUCAAGUCCACCCCAGAAAAUUGUUGAUUUGAAUGAAUAGAAACAAAAAUCACACAAAAUUAACGCUGCAAAUUUCAUCGAAAUCUGAUUUAAAAUAAGAAGGUUAUGGCAUUUUUUAAUUUCGCUAAUUUUUUUUUUUACAAAACAGUUAAAUACCCAACUCAGCGAUAUGCAAAUGACAGAGUCGAUGAUAUCCUUCAAUCACUAUUUCUUUUUUUUUUUUUGAAUUAUACAAUAUUUCAUAUUUUUUUUAAAGAUUUGACAAAAAGGACCGACUUCACUUAACCAUAAACUGUUAAAAUAAUGGUAAUUCCCACAUGUUCAGGGAGUAAUAACAUUUUGUUUCACAUGACAAUGAGGAGAAAAUUUGAUUUUUUUUUUCAUAUUUCAUAUGAUGAAAUACAAAAGAAAUAGUGAGUGGGUGACGUCAUCAGUCUGCCAAUUUCCAUACCGACAAGGAGGAUGUGUAUAUAACUGUUUUUUUCAAGUUAAGCGAAACUUUUAAAUAUCAUGACAUUCUUGUUUUACAUCCGAUUUAGACAAAAUUGUCAGUGUUUUGCCUUCUCGAUGUUCUCCUUUUAUUCAAAUCAACUUUUUGGUGGGAAGGACUUGUCCUUUAAGGGCAUGCAAAUAUCAUAGAUAGUGUCAACUGAAUACGAAUAUAAUUGCAUCUAGAGGGAAAUCAAGCAUCCGACUUUACAUGCGAGUUUUCAAUCCUGGCGUUAUCAUGACGUCAACUCGGAAAGUGAGAUGAUUUUUUCAGACGGAUAUCCAUCAAAACAUUAUAAACAUAUCAAUUUCAAUGUUAACUCACUAUCAAAUAAAUGGCAACUUAUAGAUUUGCACUAUAUGAAUUAUGACUGCUUGCAUAUGGUUUUGAAUAAUGAAAACUUCAAAGAAUUCAUAAUCUUUUUUAUUCCUUUAAAUCGACGAUGAUAUUAUUUCUCUUGUUUUCUGAUUACAUCAAACAUGAACUCGAUUUUACAGACUAGAAGAGAGAUUUGUGGAAUAAGUUGCAAUAUUCCUUUCCUGUACACCUAUAUAUGUAUCAUAAUUGUUACAUGACCCUAUUGAUCAUGUCCAUUCUUUACUGGUGAUACUCCAGUAUGAUUGACAUUGCAUCAUUAAUGUUGAAUAAUAUUAACUGGCUGUCAGCUCUGGCAUAGCUUCACUUUACCUUGUUUUAGCUUAGUAACCAUGGUAACAAUUGACUAUUAUAUCACUCCAAGAAGGAAAUUCUCGAGCUGAUUUUGUAGAGGGUUGGGUUCAGCAAGUUAAAAACAAUAUUUUUAAAACGUUAUCUCUAUCACUCAUUGGAUUAGGUUAAUGAGUUGUACCCGGCAAAAAAAAUCUAUUUGAAAGUAAGAAUUCUGGGUUGCAGAGGCCCUUUCGCCCACCAUGUGUAAUAGGUAAUGCAUGAAACGAAGAUAUUUAAUAUGCUUAAAGAGAUAAUUUAACAUGAACAGUAGUUGUAUGUAUAAUAGGUAGUGUAUGAAACUAAGAUAUUUAAUAUGCUUAAAGAGAUAAUUUAACAUGAGCAGUAGCUGUAUCAUAAUAGCAAUUCAUAUCAUCUUAAUAUAACAAUAUCGAUUGAAAUUGGUGUUGAUGUCACUGGACAUGUAUGUAUUAAUUUCAUCUAAUAUUUUAUUGGCAUAAUAGGAUGUACAUAUCAUAUGUAGAAAUUUAUGACAAUUAUACUUCCCUACUUUGACAAAAGGCAUCAAGUAAAGAACACGAUAAUUCCAUUUAAAAUAAGAAGAUGUAUUUGUCAUUUAUAUAGACACCAACAAUCAUGAUAGUCAACCAUAAAUACCUCAGUAGGCUACGGUCUACAUGUAUAUAAAGAAAUUUGGACUUAAAAAAUUAAAUUUGUGAAAGUAUACACAUCUAGAAAUCAGUGAAGAUCAAUAUUUAACUUGCUACCUUGUAGUCAAAGUAUGAUAUCAUACCGAUAUUCAUUUAUGAUAAUUUGUAUUGGCUAUUAUGGUAAUCACAUGUGAAGUAUAAUAAUUCGCGACCAUUUGUUUUAGAUAUAACGAAUACUGGUACUGGUAUUUCUUAAUCAUGUUAGUUUGUGGUUGUACCCGCCGCGAACGGUGGUUAAUUUUCAUGUAUAUUACUACAAUGUAUGAAUGUGAACGUCCCCGUUAUGGAAACGGUGAUAUGAAAGGAAAUUUAUGAUGCUUAUAUUUCGAAACAUUUUUAUUUCCUUUGAGGGAAAAUCCAUUUUAAAGCAUGCAAUUGACUGAUAAUUUAAAGGUCAAGUCAACCUCAGAAAAAUAUUGAUUUGAACAAAUAAGGGAAAA